CAAAGUGGCGUAUUUUACUUACCCCUUACCUUCAUUCCAUUCCAUAACCUAACCCUAAACCAAAAUUCAGAGAGAGGCUUUUGUGUUAACCUUUCUGUCGAUGCUCCGUGUUGGUGCUACCAAGGCUCAAGCGGAGAGGAGGGUUCCUUUGUUAAAUGCUCUCUCUCUUCACUCUCUGCUCUCCCUUUUCCCCUUUCAUGUCUUCAAUCACCGCCUCUCCUUCAGGGUCUCCAAAAACCCUACUUUUUGAUUUCCAUCCCAACCCUUUUUUUUUUCCUACUGGGAAUUUGAUAUUCAAUUUUAGCCUCUUGGAUUUCCAACCUCUCUCUCCUCACCAACACGAGUGAUUCAAAGAUGUUUGUGUUUGGGUCAUUUACUGAAGAUGAAACCCGAUCAUUGCUGUCAAAGCAGUCUUUUGGGAAAAAGGAAAAGCCUGUGGAGAAGAAUCAGCUGCAAUUUGGUUCUCUGAAUUCUGUUACUGUUGAGUCAAACAAUCUGCUAAAUUCAUCAAAAGCACCUUAUAAUGCUCCACCCUCUGAUUCUCGGAAAUGUAAUGGAGUGAAAAGUGCCAUUGAUAAUUCACCUGAAGUGUCAGGGACAGUUAAAGAGAAUGGCAGCAUUACCAAUAUCUCCCCUAGGUCCACCAGUACCAUUAGUGUAAAUGAAGUUGAAGAAAAAAAUGUGAAUUUUUUUACAUUACGUUGUGAAGAUGGUCCCUUAAACAAGUUUACAAAGUUGAGCCUAGAUGCUUCUGAGGCUGAAAGCUUGAAGAAUGUACAUACAACUGGCAGUGGGGAUGAUUCUGCACCAAAGUUACCUGAUCGAGAGCCCCAAAAGGCACCUAAUGGGCAUGCUGUUAUGCAUGUUAAGGAUAUACUGCCUCGAGGCCUUAUCAACUCUGGGAAUCUAUGUUUUCUUAAUGCAACCAUGCAGGCUCUCUUGUCAUGCUCACCCUUCGUUCAUCUUUUACAGCAAUUAAGAACUUGCAACCUUCCUAAGGUUGGAUAUCCCACAUUGACGGCAUUUGCUGAGUUCAUAACCCAAUUUGAUAUGCCAAGCAUAACUAAAUUAAAGAAGCAAGAUGCAGAUACGUUUGAGUCUGGAAGGCCAUUUCGCCCUGUUAUGUUUGAAGGUGUCCUAAAAAUUUUUACUCCGGAUGUGCCAAAUAGCAUUUCAGGAAGACCAAGACAGGAAGAUGCUCAGGAAUUUCUGAGCUUUGUAAUGGAUCAAAUGCAUGAUGAAUUACUGAAGCUUGAAGGACAGUCUUCAAGUCUUAAUGGUAGCAAAUCUUCUCUGGUUUCUUCGGUGGAAGAUGAUGAAUGGGAAACAGUGGGGCCGAAGAAUAAAUCUGCUGUUACAAGGACUCAAAGCUUUCUCCCAUCAGAAUUAAGUGGUAUUUUUGGAGGACAACUUAGAAGUUUGGUGAGAGCUAAAGGAAAUAGAGCUUCUGCUACUGUUCAACCAUAUCUCUUGCUCCAUCUUGACAUCUAUCCUGAUGCUGUUCACACAAUUGAGGAUGCACUUCACUUGUUUUCUGCACCAGAGACUCUUGAAGGGUACCGAACAUCACUCACUGCAAAGGCUGGUGUUGUGACUGCAAGAAAAUCUGUUCAAAUAGUGACACUUCCUAAAAUAAUGAUAUUGCACCUUAUGCGUUUUGGCUACGGAAGCCAGGGUAGCACCAAGUUGCAUAAGCCUGUGCACUUCCCUCUUGAGUUGGUAUUGGGUCGUGACUUGCUUGUUUCACCAUCUACUGAGGGUCGAAAGUAUGAACUUGUUGCUACAAUUACUCACCAUGGAAUGGAGCCUUCAAAGGGGCACUACACAGCUGAUGCCCAAUAUCCCAAUGGUCGGUGGCUACGAUUUGAUGACCAAUCUGUCUUUGCUAUUGGAACAAAUAAGGUGCUGCAUGAUCAGGCAUAUGUCCUUUUCUACAGACAGAUUUGAACAUAUACAUAUUGUUCUGUCAAAUAUCUACUCCCUUCUGCUCCUAACAGAAAAAACACUACUCCCCUAUAAGAAAGGAUUGCUGGUCGAUUAAUGUGGGUGAUUAUUUAUUAGCUGGUCAAGCUCAAUAUCUAUUGUUCAUGGCUCAGAUUGUUAAGGUAUACCAUAAAUGGUCGAUCCAAUCCAGUGUGUGAUAAGAGUCAUUGUUGUAAUAUUCUUUUUCCUAUUAUCUUAAACCGAAAAAGUUUUGUUGUCCUAGUGUAGGACAUGGGUAUGUAUUUAUGGUAAUAGUGAGUAAAGGUUUAUAAGAAUACGCUGGAUAUUAUAAAGUCCCACCAGACUUGAAAGA